AUGAAUAAGAAUUGGAAUGAUCGUGCCGACAAGGACCUCUUCUUCACCAUCUUGUCGGUGAAGAACAUUGGCGUCAUCAGCGGGUCCGAAUGGAUUACAAUCGGAAACCACAUGCGGUCGUUGGGCUACGGUUUCACUAACGAAGGAUGCCGCCAACACUUUCAAGGCCUCCGCCGGGCCCAGAACAAAACAGAGCAUGGGGUCAGCAGCGAGACCCCUCGGAGGGUUGACCCUACUUUGAACCCCAUCACCCGACGGCCAGGUCCGGGCCGCGGCCGCCCAAGGAAACACCCCCUUGGCGAUGCUCCUGCCGAAGGACCCUCUGGAAUUACGCUCCCCCCCGGGCCACACCCAAUUGGAGUACCUCCAGGUGUCAUUGCAUCCAACGUUCCUGGAGCGACGCCUCCUGUCCCCGGUGGUGCUCUCGGCGCCGGCAUUCCCCAUGGUGUUGCCAUCCACCCCCAGUUCCCCGGCCUUCAAGGUGUCAACAACGCACAAAUUCCCCCUGAUUCCGAUAUUACUGUCAGCGUUUCCAACGCCCAAAUAUCGUCAAACAUUCCCUCCACUCCCCAAGGCCUUCUCCCCGCCAGCCAACUCGCACAGCAGCAGCAGCAGCAACAGCAACAGCAACAGCAACAGCAUCAUCAACAACAACACGACCAGCAAAUCCAUACGCCAACACCCCAGCAGGUCAGCCAAGAUCUUGUUCAGCCGGUGCAGAUCGUCCCCGCCUCGGUGAACUCGACCGGGCUAGGAGAGGAAGAUGAUGGCGGCGGCGACGAUGAUGAGGACGGGGAUGAGGCUGAAGGCGAGCACAUAGCGAAGCGGCAGAGACUCGGCGAUGAUGCACAAGAGUCGCCCACACUAGAGGAUGAAGCUGUGCUAAAUGCGUUGGCCGGACACAAUAAUGCGGCCUCACCAGGGGAGUACGAGACUGAGUAUACUUAUGGGGACGCAUAG